AUGAAGAAGGCCCCCGGUGGAGCUCCGGCUAACGUGGCGAUAGCGGUGGCGAGGCUUGGCGGAAAGGCUGCCCUCAUUGACAAACUCGAAGAGGAUGAGUUCGGUCACAUGCAUGCCGGUAUUCUGAAGGAAAACGGCGUCUCCGCCUAUGGAAUCCCCUUUGAUAAAGGAGCAUGGACUGCCCUCGCUUUCGUCACCCUACGCGUCGACGAAGAGCGUGAGUUCAUGUUCUACAGGAAUCCCAGUGCUAACAUGUUGCUCACUCCCGAUGAAUUGAAUCUCGAACUCAUUAGAUCUGCAUUGAAUGGUAUAUAUCUAUUGCCUUUGAGUGGAUCCUCGAACUUCUACAUUUUGCUCCGGAAUCCCACUUGUCGAAGUCGGCAUCAAACUAACUAUGUUUCUACACAAGAGGCUCCAAUAAGGACUCGUGUUUGGGUAGCAGGCCAAGUAAGCGAUUAUAUCUGUAAACAAGUUCAACUCAUCACAGUCCAAGUGAAGCGAUUUGGAUAUCUAGUGGUUGAAGAUCAUUCGAAAUGCUCCUAG